AUGGAUUUAAAUUAUUCCAUAUAUACAACAUCUUUGAUGAUGGAAUCACUGGAAAUACUACCAUCUAAUAUUUUUCCAGCAUUCAUAUUUGGAACUCUCACUUACUGCACCAUUUUGUUUUUAAAUAUGACUGUGUUACUAACUAUUGCUUUGAACAGGAAACUCCAUAAGCCUAUGUAUAUUCUGUUGUUUAACUUGCCACUCAGUGAUAUGAUGGGUGCCUCAGCCUUUUUUCCUCAGCUGGUAUCUAGUUUACUGUCACAGAAUAGAUCCAUCACUUACUCUGCAUGUUUUGUGCAAGCCUUACUGGUACAUCUGUAUGGAGCUGGAGCAUUUCUCAUUCUCACUGCUAUGGCUUAUGACAGAUAUAUUGCCAUUUGCUGUCCAUUGAAAUAUAACAACGUGAUGUCUCCAAACAACUUGCUGAAAAUAAUAAUAAUAAUGUGGACAUUAGAUUUUACUUUGAUUGGUUUACUACUUGCACUGAACUACCGCAAAGAGAUUUGUAGCACAAAAAUAGUGGACAUUUUCUGCAAUAAUCCGUCUUUGAUGAAGCUUGUAUGUGGAGAUACAAAGUUAAAUAACUACUAUGGACUGUUUGUAACAGCUUUUAUCCAAGGUCUGCCUCUGCUGAUAGUGGUAUUAACAUACAUGCAAAUCUUAAUCACUGUUGUGGUUAAAAGACAAUCUGAUGCCAAAAGCAAGGCAAUUCAGACCUGUGGUACACAUUUAAUUGUUUUCCUUUGUUUUGAAUUCACCACACUCUUUGCUUUGAUAGCUCACAGAUUUGAGUCAGCACCCCAAAACCUACGAAGGGCCUUAGGAGCUUCUGUGAUGAUAUUUCCUCCUAUAAUUAAUCCUCUAAUAUAUGGACUGAAAACAAAAGAAAUUCAACAGAAUCUUAUUUUCUUUAUCCGUAAGAAGGUUUCCCCAACAAAACAGAAAAACAAAGUCGAUAGAGUGAAAAGACAACUGAAGUAAGAAAUUGAUUUUGGCUAUAGUUCAUUUAUAGGUACUCUUUUGUUCUUUGUUGUCUUUGUUCAAGAGUGACAUUUUAUGAUUAUGGGACCAAUGAAAAUAACAUGUUUUGAAAUGUUCUUAUAUUCAUUACUGUUUUUAAAGCUAGAGUCUUUUUAGUAUUUAGUACCCAUAAACACAUCAUAAUUUAAACCAGUGCCAACACAUUGCAGGUUUUAAAAUAUGAAUUUCAUGUUUGUUCAAUAUUGUGAUGUUCUUCUUCUUGGAAAACUUCAUAAAAUAUGUUUUUCCGGGCCAUAGAGUUAUUUGGUAACAGAUGCAUUGGUAAAAAGCACAAUUCAGUAGACAAACUUGAGUGUUGUUUUGUUUCUUUUUUCUCAAGUAAUAAGAAAUUAACUUUUGCAACUUUAACUUGCAGUAAAGACAAAGAUCAACUAAUAGAACAUUAAGCCCAUUGUAUAUUUAUACAAAAUAGUACUGAGUCAGCGCACUCAGCAGAAAGUCCG